GCUUGUUUUGGCCGAAAUGGACAAUACAAUGCAUUUCACAGCAUUCGUUUUGCUCAUUCUUCCACUUCUUCUUCUAAUCUCUCCAGUCAUUUGGUGUGUGUGCGUGCACACACAAACCAAAUGACAAAAUGAGACAGAGCAACACAGUUAUUCACUUGUGCUGUGCCAUUUGCCGUCUCCGUUUCUCCUUUGCGGGUGUCAUUUGGCUAUGUGUGUUUUUUUUGGCAACAGCAGACGACGACAGCGACGAGACGAAAGAGGUAUAAGAGUGCGCAUACUAUACCGAAUUUGGUCAGUUUGUAGAUAACACAUGAACAGUGCAAAUGCCAAGGGGCACAUGCGUAAACCCAUUGACAGAUCAAUUUGCACCACAUUUUAUUUCGGCCCGUCGCCAACUAUUUUGCGUAUUAUUUUAAAGAAAUCAGUUUUUGUGCCACCUUUUUAAAAAAAAAAUCAUUUUUUGAUCAACGCCAGACGAAUGAACGCCAUCAACGCUAUCGCCAUGAUUAACCAAGAACUUCUACUCAAAAAUCUCAAAAGUGAAUUGCCGCGUCAAAUCAAAUCGGAGAAAAUGCUGAGGGACAGCUACAUGGACACGAGUGAGCUCUCCGGUCACACUGAGGCGCCGAUCGAUUUGUCUCGUCGCUGUGAUUCGGUGGAAACACGCAAAACACCAUCGCCAUACAAUUCAUCAGCAUUUGGUGAAAGUUCACCAAGUUUAUUGAACGAGUCGCCAACCUCGUUAACAAGGUCAUCCAGUAGUUUUGGUAUGGCAUUACAACACACCCGCUCCGAUACACCAACGAAUCGUUAUCAAACCAACGGUUUCCUGCAACGCAGUUCUUCGUCAUCUUCUCGAUUCCCGUACGAAAAUGAACGUACUCCAUCACCAACCGAAUCGAUUCCAAUGCACCAUCGUUUCAUGCGUGAACAAUCCGUGAACAGUACCGACGACGAAAUUAAUCCAUACAUUUUGCAUGCAGUAGCAUUACAACAAAAAUUGCAAAAUAUUCCCGCAACCGUGUCAACCAGUGGCCAAUUGUCUCCAGAUUCGAUGCAGUAUCCAUUGGUAUUGGGCCGCGAUGGAAAAAUGGCUCGACCAUUCAAAGCCUAUCCACGUGAUCCAUUGACUAUUUCCGCCACCAUUCCAACAUCCGAUUCACUCAACGAUCGCAUGUCGACCGAACGAUUCAGCGUAUUCCGUCAACAAAUGCUUGAACAAAUCCAUGCGGCCAACGGAGGCCGACCCACCGUUACAAAUCCCAAAAUGCGACGAAUUUCCACGAAAAGUGAACAAAAUGCGGAUGUGGAUUUCCAACAGAAACAAAACAUCGAAGCACAACAUCAAUUGAACAAUCAGUCAGAUUCGUCGUCGAGCGGCAACAUGAAAAACGAACAGCUCAAAGACAAUGCUUACUUUGAACGACGCAGAAAAAACAAUGCGGCCGCCAAAAAAUCGCGAGACCGUCGACGCAUCAAAGAAGAUGAGAUUGCUAUUCGGGCCGCUUUUCUCGAGAGGGAAAAUUUUGAAUUGAAAAUUGAAUUGGCCACCGCCAAACGACAACUUGCCAAAUUUUUAGAGAAAUAAUUUACCUUUUUUUUUAACUUACGAACUAGACGUAGUGUUCCUGUGUUAUACAUAGAUUUUUAAUCAUUCGAAAUCGAACAAAAAAGAAUUUUUUUUUAACUUUAUUUUUGCUGUAAACUAUUUCGCGCGUAGGCCACAUAUCGAAUAGGGAUUAAAAUAAAAUAAACAUAGAUUUUUUUUAGAGAAAUUGAACAAACAAACAA